AUGAGCGCAUUUUUGGCACGCAUCCUUCGCCGGAAACAAUUCGAAGCUAACCCUCUUGAUACUUCCUUGAGAAGAUGUCUCUCCACGUUCGAUAUUACCAUGAUUGGCGUCGGGCAAACGAUGGGAGCCGGAAUUUAUGUGCUUACUGGUACCGUCAUUCGCAAUAUUGCCGGCCCAUCCGUCCCAUUGUCAUUUUUAUUAGCCGGGAUCGCUGCUUUUCUAUCGGCACUUUGUUAUGCUGAAUUUGGGUCUAGAUUUCCCAAGGCCGGAAGUGCAUACUCUUAUGCGUACAUUGGAUGUGGGGAGGUUUGGGCAUUUGUCAUUGGAUGGAACGUGAUUCUGGAAAACAUGCUCUCGGCAGCGGUCGUUGCUAGAGCGCUUUCCGGGUAUCUGAAUGUCCUAUUCGGGGGUUGGAUCAAGCAGACGACAAUGAAGUACCUCGGAUCGAUAGAUUAUAACCUCUUCGCUGACUACAUCGAUGUGUUCGCAUUCCUGAUUGCGCUUGGGAUGUGUAUCUUGAUGAUGAUCGGCGCCAAGGGGUCGACCACGUUCAACAGCUUCAACACGGUCAUCAAUGUUGCCAUGCUAGCCAUCGUCGCCGGAAUUGGCUUCUAUUAUGCUGAUUUGGGCAAUUGGACGGGCACCACCCCAGAUGGCUCAUCCAAAUUCUUCCCCUACGGAAUUACAGGCACCCUGGCCGGGGCGUCGGCGUGCUUCUUCAGCUUCAUCGGAUUUGAUGGCUUGGCGACGGCGGGGGAGGAGGCUAAAAAUCCGAUUCGUUCCCUACCACGAGCUACUUUUUACUGCAUGGCCACUGUCACCCUAGCCUAUAUUCUGGUGUCCGGCUCGCUGUCGUUGAUGGUACCGUAUACCGAGGUAGAUCCCGAUGCCGCCUUCGUCGUCGCCUUCAAGCAAAAAGGCUCUACAGUAGCCGUGGUAGCGGUGACUAUUGGGGCAAUUUCCGGAAUGAUGGGAAGCAUGUUCGGAUCUCUGUUCGCCCUACCCCGAUGCGUGUAUGCCAUGGCUCAGGACGGGUUGCUGUUUAGCUUCCUGGGUACUGUUAAUGGGAGGACAAAGGUCCCCGUGAAUGCGAUCAUUGUCUUCGGUUUAAUCACAGCCGUCAUGGCGGCGCUUUUCAACGUCGAGACGUUGGUGGAUUUUUUAUCUCUCGGAACAAUCAUGGCCUACUCGAUGGUGGCCGUGUGUGUAAUGCUGCUACGAUAUCGGGAUUUGGAAGAACGAGAACAGCUUCGCUUCAAGGUUCCAGCAGCAUUGGCUACCAAAUUCUCGAUACCAUGGGCUAUUACGAUUACUGUAGCGGGUUUUGCUGUUGCUGAUAUCUGCUUGAUCAGCGGUCUCUGGGAGCAGAUGUUCGGAAAAAUAUUGGCAAUAUUUGCAAUUGCUUUGGCUCUUUUGUCUAUACUAUGGAUCGCGCUGCAUAGGCAGAAUCCGGAGGGGCUCGCUUUUAAGGUACCUCUAGUACCCCUAAUCCCGGGUCUAUCUCUCUUUUUGAACACCCUGAUGAUGGUCAAUCUCAACGGAUUGGCUUGGGUCCGGUUUGGGAUCUGGAUGAUCCUGGGCCUUGCUAUCUAUUUUGCAUACGGUCUCCGGCAUAGCAAGGAGCGUCCGAGCAAUAAAGUCAACGAGCAGGAAAUUGAGAUCAAGGAAUUUGAACGGGAA